AUGGUUGUUGCGGUUACUGCGAACCUGGCGCCAGGGAACCUUCAACAGCGGGUCCCCUGUUCGUGGAGAGCUCGGGGAGCUUCAGGUUGUGGGGCGGGGGAGCUCCUUCUCUGCAGGGGAGCUCCUACGGCACGGCGCUUGGGAGUGACAUGGCCGCUGUGCAGUGCACAGCAAAUCCAUGUACCAUCUAACACAGGCACCCACAGCACUGGUACAUCCGGAUUUCGGUCGGGGGGAACGGGAGGGCUGCGCUGUUGGGCCUCAUGUGCCGCUCUUGGUGCCUCGUGGCCGCAGCUGCGAGCGGCCCUGUCUGGGGAGUCUGCUCGCUGUCAGGCACAGCAGUGGUCUCGGGGACCGAAUGUCAGUCGACGCCAAUUGAAGGAUUCGCUGCUCUUCGGUCUCACGGGGAUGGGGUGA